AGAAGGAGGGAUAGAGGAGAAGGACUGAGCCUGAGCGGGAAGGGGGUGUUUGCUUAGAAAAGCAGGGGUUUAAUUUACAGAAACUAAGAUCCAGCUUUUUGAUGCCCUCAUGAUUUUUGUUUUUUCUUUUUCAGUCGUUCUUCUCUACACACGUGUGGGUAACAUUCCAUCUCUCGCAUGCCUCCAGGGUCUGGUUACUCUGAAAAGAAGAGGAUCCUGGGGUAAGAGAUACAGAGACCCCUGGGGCUGUGAGCUGGAUGCGGAGCCUAUCUCACAAUUGGUUUGGGAGGUCCGGAAAUCCCAGCAAACUGUACAGAGAGAAAAGCCUAUCUUGAGCUGAGAAUUCAUCAUGAGUGAAUCAGCCAGAAGGAGGACAACUCACCUUUCAGAAACCAGGCUUGCCUGUCAGCCCUGGCAGGGAUAUUCUGUGUGCCUCCAGCAAUCUUUGUGGUGACUUCAAGCAGAGAUGAGAAUGUCACGGGUUAGAAGAAGCAAAUGAUUUGUCCAUCAGCCAUUUUGUAAGAGGUUGAUCCAGAAUUUCAGCUCAGGCCUUGGGACUCCAAAGACCCUGCAUUUUGCUAGUACACCAAAGUAUUUCUCUCCAAAUCCCAAAUUAAUAAGAACAGCCACCAUUGAUUAUGCCAAGCACUGUGCUACAUGCUCAUCAUAAAUUAUUCUCUAAUCCUAACAAAGGCAACAAAGACAAGACGACCCUAAGAGACAGGCAGGUGUUGACCUGAGAAUUCUGUGUCAGCUUCCUGAGGCCUCUUCCACCAUGCAGAGGCUGAUGAGGCUCCAAGUCCUCUGGGGCAUCCGCAAAUCCUACCAUGGUUUUCACCCUGCCCCUUGGUACCUCUGUUGCCGGUCUUUAUCAGGAGCUGGAACCCUGAGAUGGAAUGACUACGAUAGACCUAAGGAAUUUAACUUUGCAAGUGAUGUCCUGGACUAUUGGACUCAAAUGGAGCAGGAGGGCAAGAGAGGUCCAAAACCAGCCCUGUGGUGGGUGAAUAAUCAAGGUGAUGAAGUGAAGUGGAGUUUCAGAGAGAUGACAGACUUAUCCCGCCGUGCAGCCAACGUCUUCACCCAGACCUGCGGCCUGCAGCAGGGAGACCGUCUAGCCUUGAUCCUGCCUCGAGUGCCCGAGUGGUGGCUGGUGGUCAUAGGCUGCAUCCGAGCAGGAAUAAUCUUCAUGCCAGGAACCACCCAGAUGAAAGCCAAGGACAUUCUCUACCGAUUACAAGUGUCUAAAGCCCAGGGCAUCAUGACCACAGAUACCCUUGCCCCAGAGGUGGAUUCCCUAGUUUCUGAGUGUCCUGCUCUGAAAACAAAGCUCCUGGUGUCUGAUCAUAGCCGUCACGGGUGGCUGGACUUCCGAUCGCUGAUUAAAUCAGCAUCCCCAGAUCACACCUGUAUUAAGUCAAAGACGCUGGACCCAAUGGCCAUCUUCUUCACCAGUGGGACAACAGGCCUUCCCAAGAUGGCGAAACACAGUCAUGGACUUGCCUUGCGAUCCUCUCUGCCUUCAUGCAGGAAAUUUCUACAACUGAAGACAUCUGAUGUCUUGUGGUGCAUUUCGGACCCAGGCUGGAUUCUGGCUGUCUUGGGGUGCCUGUUUGAACCAUGGACAUCAGGGUCUACACUCUUCAUCCAUCAUCUGCCCCAGUUUGACCCCAAGGUCAUUCAACAGACAUUGUUCAAAUACCCCAUCACCCGGUGCCUUGCUGCGCCAGCUGUGUAUCGAAUGAUUCUACAGCAGAUUUCUACCAGUCUCAGGUUCCCUGCCCUGGAGGACUGCAUUACUGGUGGGGAGGCUCUGCUGCCAGAGGAGCAAGAGGAGUGGAGAAGACGGACAGGCGUUCUGCUCUACGAGGUCUAUGGACAGUCAGAAACAGGAAUAAGUUGUGGCACUUUACGGGGAAUGAAGAUCAAGCCAGGUUCCAUGGGGAUAAGUAUCCCCCCCUUCGACAUCCAGAUCAUUGAUGAGAAGGGCAACAUCCUGCCGCUCAACACUGAAGGCAACAUUGGCAUCAGGAUCAAGCCAACCAAGCCCAUGGGCCUCUUCAUGUGCUAUGAGGACAACCCAGUAAAGACUGCAGAAGUGGAGUGUGGGGACUUUUACAACACUGGGGAUAGAGCAACUAUGGAUGAAGAGGGCUACAUAUGGUUCCUUGGGAGGAAUGAUGACAUCAUCAAUUCCUCUGGGUACCGAAUCGGGCCAGCAGAGGUGGAGAAUGCCCUGGCCGAACAUCCAGCAGUGGCUGAAUCAGCUGUGGUGAGCAGCCCAGACCCGAUUCGAAAGGAGGUGGUGAAGGCAUUUAUUGUCCUGACCCCGGAAUUCCUCUCCCGUGACCGGGACCAGCUCACCCAGGAGCUGCAGCAGCAUGUGAAGUCAGUGACAGCCCCAUAUAAGUACCCGAGGAAGGUGGAAUUUGUCCCAGAGCUGCCCAAAACCAUCACUGGCAAGAUUAAGAGAAGUGAACUUCGGAAAAAGGAGUUUGGUCAGAUGUAAUCAGCAAAACACUCAGAAACCACUCUGUAAUCUUGACCACAUCCUUGACUGCCUCAGUUUCCCCACUAUGGAGAGGGUGAGGAGGGGAAUGUAGAGCACUGUUUUGUAGCAUCAGGAGUGCCGAUGUUCUAGCAUUUUUGUUCUCUUAAAUUAAUAUGUUAUUGUCUUCCCUCCACAUCCCUGGGUAAGUGCUCCAAAUGUGGUCUGGUAAUAAAACAUUGACAUCAGCAUCCGA